UCUGUUGCCCAUUUACAGGAAUUCAUGUGACAUCUGGACAGAUAGGUUUGAUUUUCCCUCUAGUUGCAUCUCAUUCAUGUCCUGUUAAGAAGCGAGAGAAGAAAGAGAAGAAGGUUUUUGGAAGCUGGCGAUUUAUUUUACAACCAGAUCAGCAAUGCUGCAUUUUUGUGACAAGUGAAAGAGAAAGUAGAGAGGGUUGUGUUUAAAGGAGCUAGAGACACUGUUCGUGUGCGUCGACAAUAAACAGCGAGAACAACUUCUGCAGGAAUGUCUUGAAAGUGAGAUUAUUACAACUGAAGCUGAAAGUGUAGAAGUGGUCUCAUACAAUCGUCAAAAGAUGAAUUACUUGCCAAAUGGUGUUCAAUUAUGGUACAAAAAGAUGCCAUCUCCAGGUAAGAUAUACGCGCUCUACGGCUUGUUUAUAAUCCACAGUAAUGAUAUGUAUUUUACAUGCAUUAUUACCAAUCUCCUGCCAGCAGCCAGUAGGUACCAUGGCUUAUCAAACCAAGGAGCAACAGAUUACCUAAACAGUGUGCUGCAGGUGCUUUUCAUGACCGAAGACUUCACAGAGGCUGUGGAAAGGCACACCUGUGAAAAUCCUGGCACUGAGUGUAUCGAUCCUCAUCUUACAUCAUUGUUUAAAGACUUAAAAGAACAAAAGGCAUACACCUAUAAAAUCACACAGAAGCUGGGCGUCAACAAUGUGUAUGAACAGCGUGAUGCUGCUGAGUACUAUGAGAAGAUUUUAGGUCGGACCAGUCCUGACGCAUCAGAGAUCUUUCACGGCCUUUUGACACACAAGACCAUAUGUUCUUCAUGUUGUACUGAGACUGACAGAGAUGGGGCAUUUUGGCAUCUUUCUCUUGCAUUGGUGGAUUACAGUGAACACUACAGUGUAGUAAGAAACCGUUUUUCUGUUGCCAGGAAAUAUCUAGUAAACUAAAUAUAUUUACAAAGUAAUAUCUUGGUCAUAGAUCUCAUCAGUUGAGUGAAACGCCAUUAUCAGGAAUACUUGUGAUAUAUCAAAAUGACCUUGAGAAGACAUUUAUGAACACUUUACUUUAGACAAA